UUGAUGCUGCUCCUGUGUGAGUCCAUGUGCCUUGAUGGUGGUGGGUGAUGAGCACAGGCUGUGCUGGACUAGAGAUUAUCUGAGCUUGUUCUGAUCCAGUUUAUCUGAUUGUUUAUCUUCAUUAAACCGGAGCAUUUUAAUCCGGAUCAGGAAUGUCUUCUCUGCUUCAGCGGCUGAUCGGUGCUGGUUGGAGACGCUUUGCUGCUUUUCCCCUCAGAGACACACAGAUGUGUGAGAGUACAGCAGUGGCUCUGGUCCAGGCUGAGUUACUGAAAGGCUCUCCACACAGAAAACACCCCGGAGUGACAAACCUCAAAACAGUCCGUCUGCCUGAGGAUCUUCAGAGAGGAGCCCUAAUGCUCAUACACAAGUCAGAGGUCAAGGACUUGUCUGAAAGGUCCAGCAAGUUGAAGAACUACCUGUGGAGCCGUAAACGAGCAGUAGAGGCUUCAGAACUCAGGGAGAAGGCCGUGACACUGGAGAGGAAAUUGAUGGAGAAGAAUCAACAGAAAGAUGGAGAAGAUUCUAGCACCUCAGAAGCUAAAAUCAGGAAGAAGGUUUUGUAUGAACUGAGGAAGAUGACAUAUCACUGGAUGCCUCUGAGGUAUGAUGAGGAGCUGGGCGUGGUGUAUUUGGCUGCUAGGCUUGCAGGUAGCUAUGCUGCUGCCAUAAGAGCACUUAACGAGAUAAAGAAGAGGGAUCAGAUGUUUGCGCCUUGUUCUUUACUGGACUUCGGCUCGGGGCUUGGAACUGUUCUCUGGGCCUCGCACUCACACUGGGGCGACUCUCUGAAGGAGUAUGUGUGUGUGGAUGCUUCAGGAGCCAUGAACACCCUGGCAGAGCAGCUCCUCAGCGGGGGCAGCGAGAAGGGUCCACUCAUUAAACAUGCCUACUUCCGUCAGUUCCUUCCUGUCUCUCCAAAAGUCCAGUCUGAUUUGGUGGUGGCAGCGUUCUCUUUAUCAGAGUUGUCUACCCAGAAAGAACGAGAGGACACUGUUCUUACAUUAUGGAGGAAAACAAACACUUACCUCGUCCUGGUAGAAAAUGGAACAAAACAAGGUCAUCAUAUAUUAAUGGAAGCCAGAGACGUAUUGCUGAAGAAGCAGGAGAAGGUGCUUCAUGACUUCCGGAGGCCAGUGGUGUUCGCUCCUUGUACUCAUGAGCUGUCUUGUCCAAAACUGCUUAAUCAGCCAGUAGUGCCCUGCAAUUUCCUCCAGUCUUACUGCCCCCUUCCUCUACCUGGGAGUGGUGAAACAGAGCAGGAGAAGUUCAGCUACCUGAUCAUGUGCAGGGAGGAGAAGCAGGUAGAAAAGCCGGGGCAGACGGAGCUAGUACAGUGGGGUAGACUGACCGCUCCAGUUCAUCGCAGAACCAGACAUGUCCAGUGUCAGAUCUGCAGUUCCACCGGAAAGCUCAAACAGCUCGCCGUCACCCCCCGCAAGCAUGGCAGAGACAUGUACCGCUGUGCCCGGAGCAGUGACUGGGGAGAUCGUCUGCCAACCAUCUCCACAGAGGACAACGCCCUCACAGAGGAGCCUUAAUUAACAGUUGAUAUUAUAAUAAUAAAUAAUAAUACAUUUCAUUUUUUAAAGUGCCUUUCACAACACUCAAGGACACUUUACAAAAUAUAAAAAUAAAAUAAAACAAACAUAGGACAAAAAAAACACAGGAGACAAUAGAGUGGAAAAUUACAGCUCAUAGGCUAGUUUGAACAGGUGAGUUUUAAGUCUAGAUUUAAAAAGAGGAAGAGAAUCAAUGUUACAGAUGUUGGGAGGGGGGGAGUUUGGGAGCAGAGCGGCUGAAAGCACAGGUUAUUAAAAUUGUUGGGAUCUGAGCCAGGUUUUUUUUUAGAGUAGGUGUAAUGGCUGCUAUUUUAAAGAGUGUAUGAACAAUUCCACUAAUAAGUGAGAAAUGAACGAUGGCAGUUAUGAGGGUAAGCAGGGAAGAAAAACAGGAUUUAACUAGAACUGUAGGGAGAGGAUCAAGCUGACAUGUAGAAGGUUUCGCUCGAGUUGUCGGAGUACAGGGGUUUACCAGGGGGCAGAAAGAGAGAAAGAAACAGAGUGGGUUUUCACAGGGGCAAGAAAGUUCAGAAUAUCUGUUAGACCGUUGUUACAGUUAGCAGCGAGUUCAUCAGGUGUGGAUUAAUUGUCCAGGUUCAAAAUACAGUCGAAGCUAGCGGUACGGACAUCCAUAUUAUUGUCUUUGAUAUUCCUGAAUGAGAUGAGACAUGAUGGUUUAUUUUUGGAGAGACAGAGUGUAAUGUUACAUGAGAGAAGGAAAUGAUCAGUACAUGGAGAUCAUCAGUUUGAGGGAAUGAGGCCGGAACAACAAUUUUAGUCCAGAGUAUAUCCUCUUGUGUGGAUCCUUGGUGAGAGGAAGAUUACUGCAGUCCAUGUGUAGAGGCAAAAUCCGUUAGAAAGUCCUUGUGUGGCUUAGGAGGACGGUAGACUGUAGUGAUGAUGGUAGGAGAAGGUCCAGGCAUUUCACACGUUAAACACUCCAAUGAAGGGUAAGUGGGCACAGACACAGAGAGGACUUUCCAAUCCUACGCCGCUGUCAUCCCCGAUGAAUGUAAAUGGGGCGAGGCAGAAAAACGAUGUCGUGGGGCACCACUGGCGGGGGCUCCAGGUGAUGAAAGAGAAGCCGCAGGAGUUCAGUCACGGUGUAUUGGUGUAAACCUGCCGCCGGUUGAUAAAAGAGACAGGCCAGGACAGGCAAAACAAGCGCAAAACAGAUGUACAACUGGCACACCCGCAUUGUAAAGCAGAUGGUUAGUAGACCCAGAAGUGUAUUGACCAAAAAAGAAGAGAAAUAACAACAAUAAUACCGGAGAGCAGCGGCAGUUACAUUCACACAGUACUGUUUUUUCCUAAAAACCUGAAUAAAACCAAAUGAUAUUGUGAUAUUA